AAUUGUGCUUGUGUAUUUGUGUGUGUGUAUUUAUGCUCGUUCAUCAAUAUAAUACUAUAACUUAAUUCAAUUCAAUAAAGCUUAAACUAGAUAAUGCUUAAUCAACAAUUUAUGCAUAUAGAAAGUGCCAACUAGCUGAAAAAGAAGAAGCUCCAAAAGCAAAAAAAAUUGUGCAGCAGUAAGGAUCACUUCAAUUGGUUUCCAAUGGGUCAUCAUUUUAGUAAGCCAACAAUUGCACAGAAGUCCAUAAAAAAUAGUCAAAAACAAGUCGAGGAUCAGGCACAAGGAGAACUCUUAGAAAUUGAGCAAACAAUACAUUUGGAAAGUGUCGAUGAGGGAGUAGCAGCAGUCACAGAAGAAAUAACCAACAUUAAUACAAACUCAACGGCGGAAGUUCGUCAAAUAAUAAUCAAAAUACAAUUGGCCAAAAUGGAAAAUGGUAAUAAUGGUGGGCAGGUGCUAGAACAAGGGGAAAGCCAACAGCAAGGUGUUACCGCUGCUGCUGCUGCCAUAAUGUCUGCUACGGACACGCUCAAUGCAAAUGAGCCACAGCAGCAACAAAUUGUAAAUGUUACUUUAGGAGGCAGUCGAACUGCUGGCAGUUCCUCCUCCUCUCCAACAACAACAACAACAACAACGGAAGAAGCCCAAAAAAGCGAAAGACAGCAAAUGAAUAACAACAAUUUAGCGGGAAUAGCCAGUACUACUUCGGCGAUUAGUACGCUUCAAUUGAAAAACGACGACCAAGUCGACGAGCACCACCACCAACAACAUCAUAACGAUGUUGAUAAUCACAAUGAUGAUGAUGAUGUCGACAACGACCACGACGACGACGACGACGAUGUACUCGAUGAGUCGCUGCUGCGUCGGCGUGAUGCUCCUACCGAAACUGUUGACUAUUGUGAGGUUGAGGUGCUCGAAACGUUGCCAGUCAGCGAAAUGUUGUCGACGGGAACGCAACAAAUAACAGCAAAAUCAACUAACGGAAACAGUUGCUGUCGUAGUCGUAGCAAUAAAAUCUUAUCAAUGGGAGCUAAUACCUCAAACACCUCAGCAGCAGCAACAGCAGCAGCAACAACAACAACAACACAGAGUAGUAAUAGCAGUAGUAGUCGAAGACGUUGUUGUAAAUGUAAAUGUCGAGAUGCCUUAAAGGGUUUACGUGGAAUUUUGGAAUCAGGCAGUAAUACGUUAAGAGAUAAAAAGGAAUCGGCAAUUUUGAGAAAAUCCACAGCAUCAGCGGCAGCUUCGUCAUCAUCAUCGUCCACAAGACCUUUGGUCGAUCGUCGUUCAACGCCGGCAACAAGUUCAACAAUGACUUCACGUUUACAAACUCAAAGGAAACGCAAUUCCGUGGCCGUGCCACCCUCUGCAGCAAGUGUCCCAGUAGUGGCGCCCAACACUCCUGCCGCUCCUGCCUCUGCUGAAUCUAACCAAUUGGCGGCCAUUUGGUCAUCACCAUCGGUCAUAAUACACAUCAGUUCACCACAAUGUGUUAUCGAAUCACCUGGCAAUGCUCGUGUCACAGUUAGCCCACAUUUCCAUGUAUCUCAGAUGAUUGUAUCCUCUCCCACACCACCACAAGCACAACCGGCAACAACAGCAACAGUACCAGCAGCAGUAGCAGCAGUUCCAGGAACACAUCAAUUCCGUGUUACUGUCCAUUCGCAAAUUGAUUUUAUGCAUUGCUUGGUCCCCGACUUGGAGAAAAUCAUCAACAGUAGCUUCUAUUGGGGCAAAAUGGAUCGCUAUGAGGCUGAACGUUUAUUGGAGGGGAAACCUGAGGGAACUUUCCUGCUACGUGAUUCAGCGCAAGAGGAAUUCCUAUUCUCAGUCACAUUCCGUAAAUAUGGUAGAUCACUACAUGCCCGCAUUGAACAGUCUGGACAUAAAUUUAGCUUUGACUGUCAUGAUCCAUGCGUUUUUACUGCUAGUACUGUGACAGGAUUAUUAGAACACUAUAAGGAUCCCACUUGUGUGAUGUUCUUUGAGCCAUGUCUAACCAUGCCAUUGCAUCGCAGACAGACAUUCUCAUUGCAACAAUUGGCACGUGCCACAAUCGUAUCGAAUACAAGUUAUGAUGGCAUUAAUCAACUGGAAUUGCCUGGACGAUUGAAGAGCUAUCUCAAGGAAUAUCAUUAUAAACAAAAAUUACGAGUUAAGCCAUGUGAUCAGAAUACACCAGGAGCAUUUUAUGCCAAUGUAUAGUCCAAGGAUAAGGUGGUAGCAGCGGUAGCAGCUCCUCCUCCUCCUCCUACGACUAUCAGAAAUCAACAGCAGCAACAGCAAUUGCAGCCAAUUAGUUUCACCUACUAUGAUGAGGAUAUGGAAAGUGUUAGCGAGUCAAAUGUCUAUGAUGAUGAUGAUGAUGAGGAUGCUGUCAAUAUUCACGUCUCCUAUGUACAGCAUGCCGAAGUGGUGGCUCAAUUGCAACAGGCCACCAGAAGAAAUCGAAAUAAUAAUAAUAAUAAUCAAAAUCAUCAUCAGCAUGCGCUCUGGCGUUUGCCGCAACGUCUGGGCAGCGCUUUGUCUCGCUUAUCGGCCAAUUUGAAUUGUUAUCAGACGAAUAACAAUAGAAAGAGUGCGACAAAUCCAUUUAACUUCAAUAAGCGUGCCUGAUUAAAAGUCUAAAACCAAAAGGAUAACAAAUGAUUAACUUAAAACAAAAACCUAGAGACAAUCCCAGUGCAUUGUGUGCCGCCACCAAAAAAAAAAAAGAAAGGAAACAAAUAAACUAAUUAGAAAACAAA